UAAGGAGAGAGAGAGAGAGAGAGAGUGGUCCCUUUUAUCCAUCCAUGAUAGAGAGAAGAAAAAAAGAGAAGAGGAACCUGUCUCCUCUUGCUACAUUCUCCUUUGCUACCUUUAUCUCCUUAUCACCAUCUUCUCUCACAAUUCCUAUUAACACUUUUCAACCCAUCAACUAUCCAGGAGUGCCUACCAAACCUGCCUCUUUUCUCUCUAUAUAUAAACACCCACUUCAACAAUAUCUCCAAAUACCCACUUCCUCUUCUCCUCCUUCCUCUCCUUUUCUCUCUUCUUAGCUUAAUUCUCACAAUUUUUAUGCUAUUCAUCCAUUACCCAUGACUCGCUUUCCAAGAAUCCUCACGGGCUUCGACACUUCCUCGGUCGCUGACCCGCCGGAGGCCGUCAACGUCGAGUCUGACUUCGUCGUCAUACUCGCAGCUCUUUUAUGCGCAUUGAUAUGCGUUGUGGGACUCAUUGCGGUGGCUCGUUGUGCUUGGCUCCGUCGCAGCGGCAGUGCUUCUGGUUCUCCGUCGCGGGGGGCUGCCAAUAAGGGGUUGAAGAAGAAGAUCAUUCAGUCACUCCCUAAGUUCACAUACGGCGCCGUCAUGGCUGCAGAUUCUUGUAAGUUUGCAUCCACGGAAUGCGCAAUUUGUUUAGGCGAGUUUGGCGAGAAAGAUGAGAUUAGGAUUUUACCACAGUGUGGGCAUGGAUUCCAUGUUGGGUGCAUCGAUACGUGGCUAGGGUCCCACUCCUCGUGUCCUUCCUGCCGUCAGAUCCUGGGGUUAGCAAGGUGUCAGAAAUGCGGCCAGUUUCCUCCUGCUAUUGCUAUAUCCUCCUCGAGCGGCGGAGGCGCGGCGGAGGCAGAUUCCAAAUCCAGGGUAGAUAACUGUAAUGACAAUAACCACAAUCAAAGGCAUAAUCUUGGCGAUGGAUUCCUGCCUUGACAAAGACAAAAACCCACAAAAAAUUUAUAGCUAGAUCUUCCUGUUUCUCUAUUGUAUAGUUAAUUCGAGGUUUGAUAUGCGUUUUCCUAGCAAGAGGCCACAUCUAAUUGCAGUUUGCAGGUUGGAGAGUAUGAAUAUUAUGAGCUACGUUUUUCUUC